AUGUCCUUUACGUUUAUUUGCUGGAGUCUUUUUCCGUUAGGAUUGGAAAGACCAAGCUUUGGAAAGUCGAAAUUCCCUGUUGACAACGAAGAAGAGCUUCAAAAUCUUACCCUACAAGAUAAUGAAGCGUUGGCUGGUGCAAGGGAGAUCAGACAUUAUUGGGACUCUACGCCACCCAAAAAAAAUAUACAUAUAAUCAUAAAGCCGCCUGCUACUGGCAAGUAUUACCAACGUACACUAUUCGAAUUAACAUUCCAUCAAAUUGAUGAAAUAUACAAAAAAAUUACUCAACCGGCUAUUGAAACUAUAUCCAUCUCCAAAGUCAGUUCAGAGAACUUCCGACUCUUUAAAGCUCAUCUUAAUUUCAAGCUUAAAACUGUCUUCUUCGAUAAUCUACCUACACCUAGUAAAGUAUCAAUACAAGCUUUUAAAUGGAUCGAGAAACAGUCGGAACCCGUAUAUAAGGAAGAAUAUAUGAAUUGGCUACGUGAAAACAUUCCUUUGACCGGUCAUCGUGUUUGGCAUGAUGUUGAAAUUAACAAACAAUUACUAAAUUAUAAGAACCCCAGGUUACCAUUUAUUAUUCAUGGUGGAACUGAUGUGGUUGUUGUAAAUGACUUUGAUAUAAAAGAAAUGUUCGUUUUCGAUUCACUUACUUCUAAUGAUAGGAAAGUUUUUGGAAUCUUAUCAAACCUUAUAGACGAUUGGCACAUCUUAUGGCUCUUAAGAGAUAGGUCUGGUGUCGAUAUGGAGGAUACAUCAAUAAUCAUUCCGGGCUCCAUUCGUGUCAAGUUGGAUACCUUGUUGCCUGUUCAUACCUCCUUAAUUGAUGAUGUUGCUCGGAUGGAGGAUGUAUAUGAUGUCAUGUCAAAGGAGGAAAUCUGGCGUCAUAAAGCUGGAAUUGCUUCAGAUAUUGUCAGAAACAUGCCUUCCUUUAUGUCAAUAGAUGCAGAAGUGUAG